AGUUCGAACAUCGAAAAGCAUAAAUGAAUGAGAUGGAGAAGCCAACCCGGGUAGUUGUUAUUCCAAGUCCAGGUUUCAGCCAUGUUGCUUCAAUCCUUGAGUUUGCAAAAAGAAUUGUGAAGCUCCCAAAUGGCAUCCAUGUCACACUUCUUAUUCCCACAAUUGCCAAUAACGGCUCUCCUUCAGAAGCCUCCAAAGCCAUCCUUCAAUCACUCCCUUCAACCAUAAACUACACAUUCCUUCCCCCAAUCCACGACCAAGAGCUACCACAAGAGGCUCCAAUAGCACUCACCGCUCAAAUCGCCGUCUCUCGUUCUGUGCCAUCCAUUCGCCAUGCUUUGAUGUCGUUGACUUCCACCUCUAGGCUUGUUGCAAUUGUUGCUGACCUUUUUGGAAUCGAUGCACUUAUUCUUGCAAAGGAAAUGAACUUGUUGUCUUUUGUUUACUGUCCCUCAACAGCUAUGACACUCUCCUUUUGCUUCUUUCUACCAAAACUGGAUGACACUGUAAUAGGGGAGUUCAAAGAGAUAUCAGAGCCGGUUCGAAUACCCGGUUGCGUGCCUGUCCCCGGUAGAGAUCUUCCAAACCCGGUGCAAGAUCGAAACAGCGAACUAUAUAGAAAUUUUCUUCAACGAUGCAAACAACUACGUUUCGCUGAUGGGAUCCUAGUGAAUAGUUUUAGAGAAAUUGAACCAGGGCCUAUAAGAGAAUUGACAGAGGAAGGAAGAGGCUAUCCAAUGGUUUAUCCGGUUGGACCCAUUAUACAAAACGGUUCAGGUAAUGAAACAAAGUUUGAUCAAUGUUUAACAUGGCUGGACAAUCAUGUACCAAAUUCUGUUAUUUAUGUGUGCUUUGGAAGUGGUGGGACAUUAUCACAAGACCAAUUGAAUGAGCUUGCCAUGGGUUUGGAGCUUAGUGGCAAAAAAUUCUUGUGGGUUAUAAGAGCACCAAGUGAAUCAGCAAAUGCUUCUUACCUUAGUGGUAAUAACAAUAAUGGUGGAGACCCUUUACGGUUCUUACCAUCUGGGUUCUUGGAUAGGACCAAGAAACAAGGUUUGGUGGUUCCUUUAUGGGCACCUCAAGCUCAAAUUCUUAAUCACCAUGCAAUUGGUGGGUUUUUAACACAUUGUGGAUGGAACUCGGUACUUGAGGGUGUCAUGAAUGGGGUUCCAUUAAUAGCUUGGCCUCUAUUUGCGGAACAAAAAAUGAGUGCAAUUUUUCUUUCUGAGGAUCUCAAAGUGGCACUAAGGGUAAAGGCUAAUGAAAAUGGUUUAGUGGAAAGAGAGGAAGUUGCUUGCGUUAUAAGAAGGCUGAUGGAGGAUGAAGAAUAUAGGGAAAUUAGGAGAAGGAUGCAAAGUUUAAAGAACGUUGCAACUGAAAGCUUGCAAGAGGAAGGAUCUCAGAAUAAAAUUCUAGCCCAAUUUGCUGUCCAUUUGAUGAAGAAUUAGGGAAAUAGAAGAGUCUAAUAUAUUUUGUUAAAUAUACACUGUACAAGUUUAUAUGUAUUUUUCCGGUUGUUUUCUUAA